AUGUUUCCGUUCAAUUCCGCGCUAAAUCCGGCCUCCGUGGCGAAGCGCCAACGGCCAGAACUGCCGUCGCCACGCCACGAGGAGCGUGCCUGCAUCGAGGUCCCUGAAGAUGAUGAAAUGGCCGACGCGACGGAAGAUCUGGAUUUCCGCUUCCACGACAUCGACACCGAACCCGGCACGCGGGCGAGAAAAGCUCCCGUGCCAAGAGAGAUGACCGGCAACGACGAUGAUUUUGAGCACGAUGCCCGCGCACCGAAACUAUCACCCUCAAUUUCAAGAAUCUUUCUAGCCAACGGCGCACGGCUUAUGACCAAGCAAGUUUGCAGCAUCUUUAUGAGAGUCUUGUUAUGCAAGUCCAUUCGGAACAAGCCGAACUAG